AUGGCACUGGCACUGGCACCACCCACCUCUCUAGUGUUCAAAGUACAAAGGUGCAAACCAGAAUUGGUUGCUCCUGCAAAGCCCACACCCUAUGAAUUCAAACAACUUUCCGAUAUUGAUGACCAAGAGGGUCUUCGAUUUCAAAUCCCAACCAUAGAUUUCUAUAAAUAUGAUCCCUCAAUAUUGCAAGAGAUCAGAGACCCAGUGAAAGUCAUCAGAGAAGCACUUGCACAAACACUAGUGUUUUACUACCCAUUUGCUGGUAGGCUUAGGGAAGGACCUGGCCGAAAGCUUGUUGUAGAAUGUACCGGUGAGGGUGUUGUGUUUAUUGAGGCCAACGCCGAUAUUAUGCUUGAACAGUUUGGUGACGUACUUCAUCCUCCAUUCCCAUGCUUAGAGGAGCUCCUUUUUGAUGUUCCCGGCUCUGGGGGCAUCCUUAAUUGCCCAUUAUUGCUUAUUCAGGUUCAUAUACUGUGCCUCUAA